AGAAUAUAAAACGAAACAAUAAAAAACAACGGAUUCGAGAAAUUUUAUCGUGACAAUUUCGUUGUACAAUGUUCAUAAUCGAUAUUAGCGACAAUCGAUCGAUAAAUAGAGUGAACAUAGUCAAAUGUUACAAGUACUUGAUAGACUCGUUUUUGAGUAACGACUUUAUAAAAGACCCUAAAAAUAAAACGAAAGGUUAGGAUUCGCUCAAGGGCGAGUUUUGAAUAAUUCGAAAGUGGAUAAACAAAUUGUUAUUUUUUUUUUUUUUUUAUAAAUACGUACAUACGCUUAGUUACGUUGUUUGGCAAACAAGGAAAUUGUCAUUCCUUUAUCGAUUUCAAUGGUUAUAGUGCAAUAUUUUCGAUUAAUCAACGAAAUAAGAACAAUUCGAUGCUCGUGCAAUACAUUUUUUUCUUAAACUUAUGACGUAUUAUUACCCGGCAUUUGUUAUUGAUAAUUAUUUCUUCGAUAAACCUACAACCUGUUAAAUUCGGAGAAGACAAAAAACAAGAGAAGCUAUCGGGCAAAUAAAACGUCGAACGGACAAAAUAUUUCUUUUUGGAUGCUGAUUUGAAGAUUGCGUUAUACUCUCGAUGAGCAGUAUAAAAUAAAUCGAGUGUCAUUGAAAUCUUUGAAAACAAGAAGGAUAUUGUACUAUGUUACGAUAGAGAAAACGUGAAGAUAAAUAAUAGUCGGAGUAUAUUCCUAAUGGAAAGAAUACAAGUCGACGUUAAAGUAUAAAAAUAAUAAUAAGAACUCUCAUUGUGCUUCUUUAGACAUAAAUCAUUCAUGCGAAUCAGCAAAAACCCGAUAACAUAAUCGGAGUUCCGUCGUGUGCAUAAGUUCGACGAUCAAAAAUCGUCUGAUCGUUGUUAGUUUAUCCGAAGUUGUAUCUCUGAGAAACGAGAAAAAAGGAAAAGAGUGUAUGACGUAACGCCAUAUAGAAGAUCGAUCAAUUUAUAAAAAGAAGACGACGAAAAAAGGCAGAUAAAAAAUGGCAUACGACGACGUGAUACUCCGAAUGGGCGAAUUCGGUCGUUAUCAACGUCGAGUUUAUCUGCUACUUUGUCUUCCGGCAAUAUCCUGCGCAUUCCAUAAAUUGGCAGGGGUCUUUCUUGGGGCAAAAAUGGAUGUCAGAUGUCUAUUGCCGCACGAAAACAUCGAGAAUGCUACGUUCUACCUUCCUCAGGACGUGAUGAAUGCUAGUUAUCCUUGGGAUGACGAGCUAAAGGGCUGGUCGCAAUGUUUACGACGGGAUCCCAUAUUGGAUGGUAAUUCUCAAGGUCACGAUAAUUGGCCGGUUCAAACCCCGAUAGGUUCACGCGAGCUGGCCGACACCGAAGGCAUUAAACCGUGCGAAGAAUACGUUUACGACAGGAGAAAAUAUAAAAGUACCACUACUUCUGAGUGGAACUUGGUCUGCGAUAGAGCGUGGUUGAGAGCUACGGGGGACUCAUUGUUCAUGGUAGGAGUCAUGCUUGGCUCGAUGAUAUUUGGUGCUUUGUCCGAUAAGUUUGGACGUAGACCAAUUUUCUUCCUGUCUUUAGUCAUCCAGCUAGCCGGCGGUAUAUUGGUCGCGAUAGUGCCAGAGUUUAUUUCCUACGUAAUCUUCAGAUUGAUCGUUGGUUCGACUACCAGCGGAGUUUUCCUGGUGGCUUACGUUAUAGCUCUUGAGAUGGUCGGCCCUAAGAAACGUUUGGUAGCUGGCGUAGGUUGUCAAUUAUUCUUCACUACGGGUUACAUUCUUACGGCAGGUUUCGCUUAUUUGAUAACCGAUUGGAGAAUGCUGCAGGUCGCCAUCACCAUUCCGAGUAUCGCAUUUCUUCUUUAUUGGUGGUUCAUUCCAGAAUCUGCUCGUUGGUUAUUGAUGAAAGGUCGUGCCGAAGAAGCUAAAGAUAUACUUCAGCGUGCAUCGAAGGAAAACGGGAUGGAGAUUCCACGCGAAGCACUGGAUACUCUUCUUAGCAAUAAUAGCGAUGAUAGUAUGCCUGACUCAAAGAAGGCUUCUCUCUUUGAUCUUUUCCGAUAUCCGAAUUUAAGACGAAAAAGCAUAUUACUGUUCUUUAACUGGCUCGUAAAUAGUGGUACGUAUUAUGGAUUAUCCUGGCAUGCAUCCAAUCUUGGUGGAAACGAUUACGUGAAUUUUUUUAUAUCUGGCUUGGUAGAAGUACCCGCCUAUACAUUUCUUAUUUUCACGUUGAAUCGAUGGGGCCGAAAAAUUAUUCUCUGUGGUUGCAUGUUGAUUUCCGGAUUUGCAUUACUCGCCACGUUGUUCGUCCCUGUCGAUAAACCAUGGUUAGUAGUUUGCCUUGCUAUGAUUGGAAAACUUGCUAUCACGUCAUCAUACGGUGCCAUUUAUGUUUUUACGGCUGAACAAUUUCCAACGGUUAUUCGCAACGUAGGUCUUGGUGCUAGUUCGACUUUCGCUCGUAUCGGUGGUGUAAUAGCACCAUAUGUGAAUCAUUUAUCCGAAAUAUGGGUACCCUUGCCUUUGGUCAUUUUUGGAUCCUGUGCUCUCUUUGGUGGCAUAAUGUCAUUGCUACUUCCAGAAACUUUAAACAAGAAACUUCCAGAAUCUAUACAGGAUGGGGAAUUGUUUGGAAAGAAAAUUUCGAAGAGUAAGAAGAAGAAGAAGAAGCAGCAGCAACAUGAUCUGGAACAAGGAAAUGAGAUAGAUGUGAUAAAGCCAUUGAAGCCACAAGAAAAUGGAGUGCAUGAAAAGCAAAACGGAUGACGUUAGUCUCAUUGAGGAAUGUCGGUUGUGUUGAAAAUAUUUAUCUGAUUCCUCUCUGAUUGUAUUCUAGGCGUCCUUAUUGCACGUGAUCCACGUGUAGUGUGCACACAUUAAAAGCGCACCAAAUUGAAAACGGAGCUCUCAAGUAACUCGAUUAAUGAUAUUCGGCUCAGCGAUCAAAUUAAAAACCUUUCUUAAUUGUAAGCAAUAGUAUGAGAAAUAAGUUCAAGGCCUUCGUAAGGAAAAAAGAAGAGAGAAAACGAGUGUGUAUGUGUGUGAGAGAGUGUUUAUUUUUAUAAAAUCUCAAACACUUUUUUUAAUCGAAGAAAGGUUUCUGGUUUGAUCAAUUCGCACCAAAUUCACGGUGUUAGCCGCUAUUUGAUCACUACUUGAUUGUGGCUUAGUGUUAUUUACCUAAGCCUUGCUUAAAUAUUAUCUAUCAGUAACGAGAAAAAGAAGAACGUUCUCAAUUCUAUAAUACUGAAAGUAAAGAUGCAACAUAAGAUUUCUGCCAAUAUGCAUAUCAUUUACUGUAAUUUUGAAUGUCCUUUAUGUGUAAGUGCCCUUUUUGUAAUAUUGUGCAAAAGAUAGAUACGUAAUCAUACAAAUAUUAUAUCUAUAAAUAUAUAAGAUAUACGGACUUUUAAUUUUUUUCUUGUCGAAGGUAAUACCAAUUCUUGAUUAUUAUUGCGCUAUUCGAUAAAUAUACACACAUUGUCAUAAUAGAUUAAAGCUUGUCCGAUUUGAUUACUGAAAGAUAAGAUAGAUAUUUAAUCUAGUUACGAUUACACCAUAUUUUUAUAAAUUAUGCUUUUAGAUAAAAUAUACAAUUUUACGGCGAUAUUUAACAGCAACAAUGUGAAUCGUUCUUUAUCUCUAAUUUAUUAGUAAUGAAUUUUUUUAUAUGUCGAUCUUAAUAUUAAACUAUGGCGCUAUUUUUAUGUGACUGUAUGAAAUAAUGCCUAUGAAUUUUAUUCUAUUGAAGUUUUAUUAUAUUACCGGAUGCGCAUUUUUGUAUAUAAAAAAUAAAAUGUAGAUUAAAAAAUGAAAUAAAAAAUCUGUGAUUUAAAUAA